AUGGCGAGCGCAGGAUACAUGCGCAUGCACCUCGUCCCUUACUCAACGGACCAAGAAACUCCUCUAUGCGAUGGAUCCUUUUCCGAAAAUGCCACAGCAAAGUGCACGAGCCUCAAACGAGGAAGUGAGAGUGUCGAAGACUCCGACGAAGAUUACUAUAGUUCUCAAGAGUAUAUUGAGGGAUCCAACUAUCCGAAGCGCCGUCGCCAGUACUUCGACCUAGACAUGCCCCCUACCAAACCAUGGCGUGGACCACCGCUUCACGAUCCGGAGCUUUAUGAGACGAUUCAGCGGCUGGGCAAGAUGUCGGGAGCGUAUAUGGGUGCUGGGGCUAAUGUAGUUUUGAAAUUUGAGCCGUUCGGGUCGCCCAGUCCGAGUCCGAUGGAGGAUGAAGCGAAUGUGAAGAGGAACUCUGUUCACGAGAAUUCGAGAGAUAUGGCAAGCAGGCGUGAGCAGGGUAUGAGUGGGCGUGCCGAAAGUUUGCAACCUCCACCGUUUAGUCCUUUGACUCCGAGGAGUGAGCAGACGGAGGAGACGAGUGUUGAGGAAUUAGCAAGAAGAGGCGUUCAGGCUCUAUAUGCGAGUAUCCGAGCUGCUCAGGGUAAGGAUGCUCAAGGCGAACGGAUCCACGAAGACGGAGUUCAAGAGAUGGAAGUUGAACAACCGCACGACCAAGUAACAGAAGGCCAGACAGGUGGCAAGAAGCUUCCGGAAUUAUCGGCUCUCCAAGAGGAAAUGGAACGGGAUGUCUCUGCUCACGCGAGGUCAGUGUCCGGCCAGUCCACGAUCCCAGAAGAGACGGAAGAAAGAUCGUCCCCUCCAGUUGCCCCUGGCCCACGGCGUGGUAAAAAGGACCUGGGACAGCCCCCAAUAACUGAAGCCGCCAGCGAGAAACCGGACACCUCAUCUUCAAAGCCUACAGCUUCACAAGGAAAUGCCAGUAAGACGUCGGGAUACGACUCUGACUUCCUUACGGGCAGGGAAAGAACACCGUCUAGACCUCCCCCGUCUGUUCCCCCUUCGCCAACAGAAGGAAUGAAGAGAAUCGGCAGGGUAAGGUUAUAUGCCGCUUUUCCGAGAGUGAUGAAUUUCAGAAGAAUCAGAACCUGGGCAGGACGACGAGUCAAAGCCCCUAGUAUCAGGAAGGUUCACACUUCAGCGAAUCUGCUACCGCGGCCUUGUCUGACCAGGCCUGGUAGACGGGAUGUUAAAUUCUUCCGCGAGCCUUUCCCUGUGUCGGAGAGUCCAUCAGUGGCUUCGCUACAGCCUGUCCCGCCGGAUCCGUAUGCGCAUCUAUUUCCGGAUCGAGAUAUUCCAAUACCCUCCAUUGAGGAUCCGACACCGGUACCGGAAGCUCAAGCGCCUGUUUCUGCACCCCGUGGUGGCGCUCCACGAAGAGCUAGAAUAAGAAUAGGUCCGCCGCGUGGCCGAUCCAAUAGGCAACGGAUUCCGCCCGCAUCGGAAGCUCACCAACCAUCAGGGCUGGCGAAUGAAGCGUCUCAGCCGACUACUGCUGCUGCGGCGCCGGAUGCACCCACUCUUGCCCUUGGCACUGCUGCCGCAGCACCUAGUGGCCAUCUUGCGGGUGCUCCUGCAGCACGUGGCGUCCCUCGCCGAAGAGCACGGACUAGGCCAGGUCCACCACCACGUGGACGAAUUAGACAACCGGAUAUAGCACCAAGAGCUGAGGCACUGAGUGAGAGCGCGACUGUUGGUCCCUCUGUAACUGGAGAGACGCGAAGCCUGCCUAGAGUUCAAGCGCCAGGGGAAGCAGAAGAACAAAUACAACCAGCCACGGAGUCGACAGCGCAGCCUCCAGCGACAGUCCCAGGUACUGGAGAUGCGAGAACGACCAUAAGGGCUAAUACGGCUGCUAGAAGAGCACCACCACAAAACCAACCAUCACACGAGGGCCGAUUAGAGGAGCCCAAUCAAAAUCAAAAUGAAGGACAGGAGCGCACUGCUGCGCCGGUCCCAAGACAGGGGAGGGGAGCAGCCAAAGCCACAGCAACUGCUCCGCUUCCGAGGCCAGAAGGUCGGGUUACUCGCGCAGCGGCAAGGGCAGCGGCGGCGGCAGCUCAGGCAGCUGAAGCUGCAGCAAAUGCCCCUACAGAGGAUAUCCAAGAAGAAGAGGAAGAAGAAGAAACACAGCCAGGUCCGGCUCGAGCACCAGUAAAGAAGGGGCGCGGUGGAAAAGCGGCAUCAGCGGUAGCGGCCAAAGGCAAAGCAACUGCAAAGCCAGCGGGUAGAAAAAGGCCAGCUGCUAAGAGUUUAAAGGCCGUGAAGGUAGAAGAAGUAGACGACGAAGAUGAGAGUGAGGUGGAAGAGAGCGAUGAGGAACAAGUGGAGGUUGCGCCUGUUCCAAAGGGCAAGAAGACAGCUAAGGGCGUCUCGAAGGCCUCAGGAACGAGCACGGCUAAGAAAUCGGGGACUGGUAAGCGGGCAGCUCCUAAGAAAGGGGGUAGGAAGAAGUAG